AAUCUGCAUUGUGGAGGUUUUGAUAAACGGUGUUAAACUAUUAUUAACGUUUUCUAAAAUCGAUAAAAAUAGUUUUGGGCCUGUUUUUAUUUUGGAAGCCCAAGUUUUAAUGGAUUCAGUAUUAUUUGUUGGCCCAAUUAAUUUGGCGCGAAAAUCAAAUCCUUUUUAGGGAUUGGAGUCUACUGUUGUCUGAGUUUUCUAGGUUCCUCUAUGGCUUCACGGAGGAAAAGAAGAAAGGAGAAUGAAGCAUCAUGUACUGAUAAACAAGAGAUUGCAUGUUCGCCGGUCGUCGUAUUCGCUCACGGUGCCGGUGCUCCCUCUUCUUCCGACUGGAUGAUUAGAUGGAAAGAAAUGUUAAAGAAGACAUUAGAAGCUGUUGAAGUGGUCACAUUUGACUAUCCUUAUCUUGCUGAUGGGAAAAGAAGAGUUGCUCCGAAAGCGGAGAAAUUGAUUGAGUUUCAUUUGGAUGUUGUUAAAGAAACUGCUGCUAAAUUCCUUGGUCAUCCUUUGAUAUUAGCUGGCAAAUCUAUGGGUUCUAGAGUAAGCUGUAUGGUUUCAGCUGUGAAUGAAGAUGUUCCAGUUUCGGCUGUGAUAUGUUUAGGAUAUCCACUUAAGGGCGCGAAAGGUGUGAUAAGAGACGAGACCUUGCUGGAAAUGGGAGUCCCUGUGAUGUUUGUGCAGGGAAGCAAAGAUCCGAUGUGUCCUCUGGAUAAGCUAGAAGCUGUUUGUAACAAAAUGAAAGCUGUGACUGAGAUUCAUGUGAUUGAUGGUGGAGAUCACUCCUUCAAGAUUGGGAAGAAACACCUUGAAACAAAGGAGUUAACACAAGAUGAAGUCGAAGAUGUCGCUCUCAAAGCAAUAUCAGCUUUUGUCUCCAAAUCUCUUGCUCAAAGCUCAUAACUAUAGUCAAGGUUUACAGGUUUGUGGUAAACUACGUUUUCUUCGCCUGCCUUGUACAUAGCUUAAUUCAAGUCUUAAUGGCUAAUGCUUUCAAUUUUAUGUCAACUUUAAUUGUCUUCAUUUCUAAUGGUAAACUGGAGUUUUGGUUAGGUAGUGUAGACUACUUUAACUAAGCAUCGCUCUUGGCUUUGUGUGAUGCUGCACCAUUAUCAGCCCAUAUAUGUCUCUUGUAUGCCUCAUGGCUCUUUCUGGCUUUAUCCAUAUUAGGAUUUAUAUGUUAA